UUAAUGCUUUAUAAGCGAUAAGAGGGGAACUAGGCACCAGCCACAGGGUACCGCCUGUCUCCAUAUAAAUAUCAAAUUCAAGAACUCUGAAGGCAUUCACUGUACAAUAGAGAUACGAGAUUUGCACAAUGAGGGCUUUCCAAGCUUGCUUAGUUUUCACUUUGGUAGCUGUCAUUGCUGCCGGAGAUGGAGCUAAGAAACAAGACAAAAGAGGUUUGAUCCUUGGUAACGCUGGUCUUGGUCUUGUCCAUGGUGGAGCCCUAGGAGUUGGAAACACACUUGGCUUGGGUGGAGUUGGUAUUGGGUCAUUAGGAAGUGGCCUCGUAGCCGGAAAUGGACUUGCUCUAGGUGGCGCCGGUCUUGGUCUUAGAGGCGUAGGUCUUGGUCUUGGAGGUGCCAAUCUAGGAGUUGGUGGUGUAGGCGUUGCUACUGGCAUUCGUACCGCUUCUUCUUCUGCUUCUGUUAUUGACCGCACUGUAGCCCUUCCUACCCCAGUCGGUGUACCAGUCGACGUACCUCGCCCAGUCAGCGUACCAUAUUCUGUACCCAGGCCUGUUGAUGUACCACGUCCAGUACCUGUUGAUGUACCAGUUCCACAUCCUGUUGAUAUUCCUCGUCCAGUGCCUAUUGAUGUACCUAGACACAUUGCCGUUCCUAGGCCAAUUGCUGUCCCAGUUGAUGCUCCAAGACCAGUUGGUAUUCCAGUACCAUCGCCUAUUGCCGUAGAUGUACCAGUAGCUGCCCCAGUGGCCGUACCAACCCCAGUGAAUGUAGGAGCCAUCGCUGUGGGUGGAGGUCCUGGCCUUGCUCUUGGAGGUGCCGGAAUUGGUCUUGGAGGUGCCGGAAUUGGUGUUAAUGGACUAGGAAUUGGCCUUGGAAAUGCUGGACUCGGUCUUGGUGGUGCUGGGAUUGGUCUCGGAGGUGCUGGCUUAAACGGAAUUGGUGUUAAUGGCGGAGCCAUCGGUUUGGGUGGACAUGGAAUUGCAUUAGGAAGAGGCAUUUUGGUAGGUGGACAUGGCAAAAUCCACUAAUUAAUGAGUUGUCUGCAGACAAUAUGUGCAUAGUAUUUUUUUAGAAAUCAAUUGUAAAUAACAUAAAUUUAAAAUAAAUUAUUAUUUUAAUAUAAAAA